UGAGAAUUCACGCAGCCGCGACGAACACUAGAAUUAUGAUUCUGAUCAAGGACGAGAUCAAUUGUCACCCUCUACUUUCCCCACACUCAACCGAUGGCUCCUAAAACUUGAAAGCCCAAAGCCCAACCUCAUCCAUCUCCCCGCACAAAAUCAUAAGAAUGGCAGCCUCUAAAGCAUCUUCAGAAGCACCUCCUUCCAAUGGCCUCAUAGCCGCGGUGGUUGUUUUCUACAUUGUUGCUGCACUAACGAUGAUCAUGGCCAACAAAUGGGUUCUCAACUCGACCACGGCACCAUUCUUCUUCCUCCUUAUCCAAAUCGUCAUAGCCGUCAUUCUCUUCCUCGCCGUGGAUCUCUUCCACUUGUUCCCGGACCGGCUAUCUCUGGACUGGAAGAUCUGCAAAGCGCUCGUCCCCAUGGUCGCGCUCAACGUCCUCGGCCUGAGUUUCAGCAACCUCACGCUGAAGUACGUCGACGCGUCGUUCUACCAGGUCGCCCGCGGGCUCGUUCUCCCGCUCACGGUCGCCGCGUCGCUGGUGGUUCUGCAGGCGCGGCCGUCCCUGCGGGUGCUGUCCGCCUGCGGGGUCGUCACGGCGGGGUUCUUCUGCGGCGUGCUGCUGGAUGGGACGCCGGUGUCGCUGGUGGGCGUGGUCUUUGGCGUGGUCAGCUCGUCCGUGACCGCGCUGGCCUCCGUCGUCAUCAAGCGCAGCCUGGAUGUGGUGGACGGGAGCAGCAUUCUCCUCUCGUGGUACACGAACGUUCUUAGCGUCUUUGUCUUCGUCCCGAUGGUGUUCAUUACUGGUGAAGGACCGAGUGUGUGGGCCCUGUGCACCGGCAUGGCUGACUUGAAGACGUUCUUAUGGGGUUCUUUGAUCACGGGCGUGGUCGGCUUUCUCAUCAGCAUAGCAGGAGUGCUCUCUAUCAAAGUGACCUCGCCCAUAACACACAUGGUGUCUUCGGCUGUGAGGGGCGUGGCAUCGUCUUUCCUGGGUCUUUGGCUCUUCCACGAUUCGAUAUCCCCCGGGAGAGCAGCUUCGAUUACGGUUGUCCUCGGCGGCUCAAUCUAUUAUACAUGGGUCAAGCACCAAGAGGCUGAUGGGAAGGCGAGAAGGGAUUCAUCGUCACAAUACGAGCGAUUGGCGAUGGAUGAGACGGACAGACAUAAACUAGGGAAUCUGGAAGAGGGCGGAGCACCGCCUUUGCGUACUUAGAUUAAAUAAGCUGGACUGUGCGUGCAACAACCGUGUCGCAUGUGAAACUGAAUGCUGCUGUCCAGUAUAGACGAUCGUGGGCGAUUCUCAUCCCACGGAUCAGCACAUUCCCACUGCUCAUAGCCGCUGCUUUCAUCCUGAGCCGGCUAGUCAAUCUAGUGAGGAGAAAGCGUUCACUCGACCACAUCCCCAGCGCUGGGGUUCCCGCGGGCCCUUUCGGAUUCUAUCGAGGCUCAUGGAACUUCAUCCAGAACGCACGAUCGAUUACAGAUAAAGCCUGCUUGACGUACCUCGACAAGCCGUUCAAGGUCGCUUUCGCAGACCGCUGGCUUGUCGUCGUUUCGGGACCACUGACUGAAGACAUCCGUAAAGCUUCUGAAUAUGAGCUGUCUCACGCCCAAGGAGCGAAUGCUCUGUUACAUAUGGAACACUCUCUGGGUCAUGAACAGUACCACGACGCGUUCCAGAUUCCGGUCAUUCGUACCGCUAUGACACGCAACAUCAGUAUUUGUUUCCCCGUCAUACACGACGAGGUAGUGGCUGCAUUUUCGGAUCUCCUGCCCCCCUGCGAUGAAUGGCUCAGUGUUCCAGCUAUGCAGACCGUCCUUCCUCUGGUUUCCAGAAUCGCGAACCGCUUCUUUAUUGGCCUCCCAUGUCGGGAUCCGGAAUACAUCGCGAUCACAACCCAGUUUUCGCUGGAUGUCACUCGCGAUGCGGGCUUGCUCCAUGUCACGCCUGCGUUGCUCAGACCGAUCGUUUCGCGUCUUUUCGGCCAUCUGGAGCCCACGACACGGAAGACUAUGAAGCUAAUCGGCUCUCUCCUCCAGGAGCGUAUCGACAUGGACGACGGGCACGGGUCCGCAUGGCCAGACGAUAAUCGACCAAACGACCUGAUCAGCUGGCUUCUCGAUGCCGCCCGCGAUCACCCGCAGCGACGGAACGUGCCUCGGCUCACUCGCACACUUCUGGCCGUCAACUUCGGGGCCAUCCACACGACUACGCAGGGCUUCCUGCAUGCUCUCUACACGCUCGCCAGCCAUCUGGAGCUGGUGGAGCCUCUGCGGGAGGAGAUAGAGGCCGUGGUCCAAGUUGAUGGCUGGACUAAACCCGCUCUCGCGAAGAUGGUGAAGCUGGACAGCUUCUUGAAGGAGUGCGCGCGUGUUCGUCCUGGUUCUGUUGUAUCUCUCUUUCGUCAGGCAGUUCAGGACUUUGUCUUCUCAGAUGGGACACUCGUGCCUUACGGGACUCUUGUCGGUGUUCCUGUCAUGCAUGAGCACUUCAAAGCAGCCCACUAUCCCGACGCCGACGCCUUCGACGCAUUCCGGUUCUCUCGGCGCAGGGGCGAGGCCGGAGAGCAUUUCAAGCAUCAGAUGGUCACCCCGCAAGCCGACUUUUUGACCUUUGGCCUGGGUCCGCAUGCAUGUCCUGGGCGGUUCUUUGCUGUGACGGUGGAAAAGCUGAUGAUGGCGCAUCUGCUGGUGACGUAUGAUGUCAUGCUGCGAGAUUCGAGGCGACCUGAGGAUGAGUGCAUUUUCGUUAUAGAAGGGGCAAAUUCGCGUGCCGAGGUCAUGUUUCGCAAGCGACGGACUGAGACUUGAAAGCAAUGAUACUGGGACCUUUUUUGUAUUCACACGAAACAUUGAGGAAACUCUCCUGGGACGGAGAAUGCUUUUCGACAGUUUGCAUCGUGCUGUGAGUUGGCGCUGGGCCUUCAAGGUUUGGUAGACGGGACCGGGAUUUGGCAAUGGUGAUAAGUGA